GGCACCGGGCUGGGGCCAGAGGGGCUCUGCCAGCCCCGCCGACCAGUGCCAGGUCUGCUGGCACUGGGUGCUGGCGGCUGACAGGUCCCAUCCUGGCUGCGCUCUGCAGGUGCUGCUGAAAGAGGAGCCCAGGGAUCACCUGCGCACGGCAGUGCGGCAGCAAGCCAUGCUUGCCAUCUCUGCCUUGAGCUCAGUGGAGAUGGUGCCGGAGCACCAAAAGAUGCGCCUCUUAAACGCCUGCUUCAGCAGCGUCUUCUGCCUUCCUCCAAAAGAGGACAUGCAGGGCUUGGACACUUCCCUCUACCACGAGACCCUGCACGCCAUGGACUGCAUGCUGCAGACAUUGGUACUCAGCUCUCCUGCCUCCAGACUCAGCCAGGAGCUGCAGAGAAUCUUGCAGAUGCUGCUGACCUUCACCAAGUCCCAGAGCGCGGCGGUGCGCGAGAGGGCCGUGAGGAGGAUUGGGAUGCUGAUCUAUUUGAUGGCCAGAUAUUCCUCACUGGAGGCCUGGCACCCCUUUGGAAGAGAGGAGGACUGCCCUGCCUGCUACAGAGGCUUCCAUAUCCCCAAGCUGGGACAGCUGCUGGGACAUCUCAUCCUUCUCAGCUCUUGCAAGGACAAAGACACCAGCUGUGCCGCCUUGGAUGCUCUUUACUUCCUCUUGAUAUUCCUCCUGCAGCAAAGAUGCAGUGCGCGGCCAGAGGAUAGUCCACAGCACCAAAGCGUGUGGGGAGCUGCCGGCACCUCCUGUCUUUCUUUGCACAGCACCGGGGACUUGACCAAGGCGUUUGGAAAAUACCUCAAACCUGAGGAGAAGACAGAUGUCAUCCUCACGGCCAUCAAGGCCAUGACAGACACCAGCACUUCUGACAAGGAGGGGGCCAGCAGCAUGCUGGAUGAGGCCAUGAAAGACCCUGACUCCUGGCUGAUGGACGUGCCAAAGAUCAUGGGCAGCAUCCACAAAAACCUGGAGCACAUCUGCACGGAGCCAGCCAGGCACAGCAUAGACUCACUCCUUCUCCUGCUGACCAGCCAGUACCCCAGCGAAGUGGUCAUAAGCCUGUUGAAGUACUCUAAACUAGCUGACAGUGCUGCCCUGGCCGUGUGGAAGGUGUUGUUCUCCCUGCUCCAGCCUUUGGAGAAGGUCUUGAGGGAGCUGCACAGAGAAUACUGGAAGCGGCGGAUCCACAUGCUGUUUGGCACCAUGACAGGGGACAGCAGCAUCUUCUGCCUGGCCAUAAUCGCCGCCAGCAACCUUCCAUCAGAGACCUUUGCUGCCGCGGCCCGUUUCUGGCGGUCUUUGAGGGAUGAGAGCCUGGAGGUGAUCUCGCUGGUGCUCCAAGGCCUCAUCACGCUGUCGCAGAGACGCGAGAUGGCAAGAAAAAUGAAGGUCCUGCUGGAAGACAUUCUGAAGACCCUGCAGUAUGCCAGUGAAGAUAUCCAGAUGAAGGCCCUGCUUGUCUUCAGAAACAUACUGGGUCAUAUGACGAGGGAGGAGGCCAGUCCCAUUGCUCUGAAGCUGGCAGUGAAGCUCCCGCCGCUCUUCAGCAACCCCAGCAUGGCUUCUCCCGGACAAGUUGAUGCCUCCGGGCGACCUUGA